CGACAAAUGAAAGUUGCUCUUGUUGCGGUGUGACAGCAGCUUCAGAAUAACAAAUGCAUGGUCUGAUCGUUGAAGCUGUCAGUUUAUCCAGGUGGAGAUGAUCCGCCGUGUGCUCGGGAAGACCUUGGGGUUUGUAGGCUACACCAUCCAGUAUGGCUGCAUUGCACAUUGCACCUUCGAGUACAUCGGAGAGAUUGUGUGCUCCGGCCCAUCAAUGGAGCCUACCAUUGUCAACAAAGAUGUUGUUUUCUCAGAGCGAGUGACACGGCAUCUUUGGAAAAUACAAAAGGGUGAUAUUGUGAUUGCGAAAAGCCUAUUUGACCCCAAUAUGAAUAUUUGUAAAAGAGUAAUUGGGUUGGAAGGUGACAAAGUCUGCACGAGUGGUCCCUCAGAUCUUUUUAACACCCACACAUUUGUGCCAAAAGGUCAUGUAUGGCUAGAGGGCGAUAACCUCACGAACUCUACUGACUCCAGGAGCUAUGGCCCAGUUCCCUAUGCCCUCAUUCGAGGGCGUGUUUGCUUGAAGAUCUGGCCCCCAGAUGCUUUUGGAAGCCUUAGUGAAAGUCCAACCAGACGGAUCGUUAAAGAUCAGGAUGAUGGUGGUUCACAUUGACAUGACUUUCUCUCAUUUUUAAAUAAAUUUCUAAAAGAAAAAAACAUAUUGUGUGGUAAGUAAUUUUUGUCAUUUUUUUACUGUACUGACUACUUAACCAGGUAGUUGUUAAUAUUUAUUUACUUUCUUUCUUUUUUUCCACAUACAUCACUAAUUACUGUGAAUUGAUUUUCACUUCUGUAAUAUUAAAUACAAUCUUAGAGUGUUUACCUCUGUUUGGGUAUAUCAUCCAAAGUAUUAAAGCUUUACAUGCGGACAAUGAAUUAAAAAUCAUGAGGGAAUUCAUGCAUUCUGGUUUACUGUUGAUGUAAAACAGCUUUUAAAAUGCAAUUUAACUAUAUUUUCAUUUUAGAUGCCAUUAUCCUGGAGAAUGAACUAUUCAUUUCAUGUUUACCCUUUCUUAGAGUGGCCAAACAAAAGCCCCAUUGUUUAAUUAUUUGUUAGGCUACUGAGGCAAAUGGAAAUAUGUAUGUGUAUAACAUUUGCCAUUCAAGCAUACAAUAUUAAUAAGCACUUAGUGAGGACUUUGUUCAUCACUGAAUAGAACAAUAUAAAAAAAAACAUCUGAGGUUCACUGAGUACAUUAGCAUUUUUAUUUUAUUUAUUUAUUUUUUUUAAAU